AUGACAUUACGAACAGGAGGAAUUGGACCCAAAUCUAUGAAGCUCCUCAACAGUGAGAGUCUUCUUCAUUCGGAAUGGAAUCGACGUCUUGGAAUCUGCAGUCUGGUAGCUAUCGGUGAGUGAUCUGAACCAACGAACUUCAUUUCCAGGUGGUGUUGUCAUACUGAGCACGAAUUUUGGGCUCUUGUUGACCAAUUUGUUUGCCGUCAGCCAGUCAUCGUCCCCUCCUCUGACCUCAGUUCUCAUCGCUUGCUUCUUAUACCUCAUCGCGGGUAUUUUUCAUCAAAUUGUCGAACCAUAAAUUAAAAAGUUGUGCGCUAAUAUAAAUUUUUUAGGUGAACAAUAUCGAGUAAUUUCUUAUCGUAUACCUCUGAACGGCUUACUGUAUAAUCUCGCGUUUACUUCGCACUCCGAAAUGUUGGCCUUUGUCAUCGGAUGGGCCCAGGUCUUUGAUGGGAUUGCCUUUCUCACUGUUUUGUUGAAAGUUCUGGCAGAUACCAUGGUAGAGAACAACAGAUUGACCUAAUCUUUUUUUCAGAAAAUGUUAUUCAAUCAUCGGCUGGAGCAACCCGUGCCUUCAGAAUCCGUUCCCCAGACAUGGCCUGUUUUAAAUUACUCCGAAUAUUUGAUAAUCCUCUUCUCCCUGUUGAUGAUGUCAUGUUCUUUGAGAGUUUUAUCAACCGUCUCCAUUGUUUUUAUAGUGGCUACACUGUUUACUGUAACAAGUACAAGCGUUGUGGCCUUGUUACAUAACGUGGUCCAUCUUCAAGUCCAUUAUAUUGGAUUUCCAUACAAUUAUCAAGAGGUUCGGGUUUUCUUUUAUAUCGGAUAUUGUUGCAGGUGAUGGAUGGAGUGGAAGUUUUGAUGAUUGGAAUGAUGGCCAUCGAAUGCAUCUCUUAUGUCUCCGAAGAGACGGAUCAUCCUCGGAAGACGCUCCCUCAACUCUUCCCUUUCCUUUCUCGCAGCAUAUCAGUGAUCUUGUUCUUGGGCACGAUCGCCUUCUUCCCCUUCUCCUAUCGCCGACCUUACACUUCCUCCACUUUACUCCCUUCAACUUUCGAUACAAUAGGCAUUUUCUCAGCACGAUAUCUGUUGAAUGUGGGUUCAGUCUGUGGACUCAGUGCUUCUGUUUGUGUAGCCUUUCUUGGACCUUCCCGGAUACUUUGUCAGUUUGCCAAAGAUGGAAUCAUGCCUAAGGCAAUUGGGGAUUUGUAUGGGAAAGGUAAGAUUUCACGAUAUUUAUAUCAAGUAAAUUCAGGAGGAUCUCCGCGCCUGUCGGUCUUUCUGGUUGCCCUGAUCUCCUGUGUAUUUGCCCUCUUCCCUCGACCUUGGUUAUGUUCUACACUUGGUUGUAGUAUAAUUCUGAGAUUAUUUAUCCAAUCUAUACUCAUUUAUAAUGUCGUGUUACCAAAUCCGAAAGAACUUGAAGAGGAGAAUGGGAAUACUCUCCCCAGGUAUAACACAUUGGACGUCAGCAGAUGCUCGUCACUCUCGGAGCACCAUCAAAGUGUAAUCGACAGCACUUAUUCCGAGAUCACAUCUGAUGAUGAGGAACACGUCAUGGAAAGAAUUUGGAAGGUGACCGCUAAUGGGAAUGAGGAAACACGCCUCCUCAAUGAGAAUGUAAUCACUUACAAUGCGUUAACACAGGUGGAAAGUAGAUGAUAUUAAGACUUUACAUCAUAUUAAAUUUUAGUGCAAAGUCCACAACUGCCUUAAUUCUUCAUGCCAAGCUAAUCCUGGGUCUUCAGUAUGGCGGAACUAUCAUGUAUACGAUGCUGAAGAUCAAUAUGAAAGGCCCCGGGAAUGCAGAGAACAGUCGACAAGGGCUUUAGGCAUCGAUAAAACACAGAAAAACGGGCAAAGAGCAGUUACUUUAGGGCUGAUUUCAUCCAUUCUCAUCGCUCUGUCUUCAACUAUCAUCAGGGAAACGGUAGUUGCGAUAAUUUUAAUUCUUAUGUUGUUUUAGCCCGAAUAUCUUCCCGUAAUGCCUGUUGUGACGUUGAUCAUCGGUUCAAUCUCGUGUUUUUCUGUCCUCGCUUGGAUAUCCAGAAUCCAGCCCAUUAACGAAAAAGAACGCUGGAUUCCGUUCCUCUCCAUGAUGAUGGUAUUUGUCGUAACACAGUUAUUGUUCCACAUCAGGAUAUUGUUCUUGAUACCGAUUCUCACUUGGAAUUUGAUUGGAAUUAUGUUUUAUUUUACAUUUUACUGUCAACGGAAGUAA